GAGUUCGGUAACACCAGCAGCAGCAGCAGCAGCAAGUUAGCUAGCCAGCCAGCUAGCUAGGAGAGACGCCUGAUAACAAUGAGACCAGGCGGGAUCCUUUUGUUGCACCUACUUCUUCUCUGCAUAUUUUUCCUCGCCUCCGAGGCGAGGCUCGCUCAACAGGCGGCCGACGACGACGACGACGACGACGACGAUGACUGGGACGACGAGGACGACGAGGACGACGACGCGGACGAGCAGAGUUAUCAGUCGAAGCCCGAGGUGGACGACGACGGUCGUAUAUACAAGAACCCGAGGAAUUCGCCGUCGGCUGUGUGCCCGAGGGACGAGGGCCAGGCGGAUCUGUUGGGUCAGAAGUGUCUUCGAAAGUGUUCCACGGACGAGGAUUGCAAGAGCAAGAAGAAGAAAUGCAGAUGCGACGGCAUUUGCGGGAUGUCUUGUAUCAAGCCUGAGAGAGAGUGUCCAGUCCUGAGCGACAUCCAGCACGGCGUGAUGACGAUGACGGGGAAGUUUUUCGGUGAUCGGGCGCAUUACACCUGUGAUCCUGAUUACUAUACCGUUGGCUUGACCGAGAGAACGUGCAGGGGCGACGGUAAAUGGACGGGAACUACGCCUUCGUGCAAGAAGGACGCGAGCUCCUUUUGCUCUCAGCCGCCCAAAGUGAAGAACGCGCGGCACAACGCGCCCGCCGAGCAGACAACCUUUGAUCUAGGCAGCGACGUUCAGUAUUCCUGCGAUCACAGGUAUACGACUAGUGGGAUCAGGAAGGCCAAGUGUUUGAUGAUGGACAGCGUUGCUAGCUGGUUCGGGCCUGAUAUCACAUGCGAGCCCAAAGUCUGUGGACCUCCCGCGGAUAUCGCGAACGGAUGGCACGCCGGUGAAUGUUACACGUACGACUGCCGCGUGUCGUAUCACUGCGCGGAUGGCUACGAAUUGGUUGGCAAAGCGGAAAAAUUGUGUUUGGAGGAUGGCACAUGGACUCCCAAAGAAUCUCCACAAUGCGUCCAAGUUACAACGGUGCAAUGCCCGAAACCGGAGAAUCCAGUGAACGGGAACGCGGUGUACACCUCGUAUGCAUACAAUUCGAUCGUGUCGUACGAGUGCAAGUACGGAUACACGGUGGUCGGCGCAACGACCAGACGUUGCGGGGCAGAUAGAAAAUGGACCGGAAAGACACCGACCUGCCAGGAGAUUAAUUGUGGUUCACCUGGUGUCCUGUACAACGGUUGGAUCGAGAAUAUCGAGGCGGGUACCGGCCUUGGUGCCAGCAUAAUUUUCCGGUGCAACGAUCACAUGAAACUCGAGGGAAAUACCUCGUCUGUCUGUCAGAUCGAUGGAAAAUGGCGUUACCCGGUGCCCCAGUGUCUCGCCCCGUGCGUGGUCCCCCAGAUAGAGAACGGCAACAUCACGGUGGCAAGCCACGACAGGGACCACAUCAACAACGUGACCGUGGUCGAGCAUGGCGAGAGAUUGCUGGUCUCGUGCGAGGAGAAUUACGAAUUCGCGGCGAACAGCACACCGGUGGUCUGCAAUAACGGCACGUGGUCCAUUGUUCCGAGUUGCUCGCCGGCUAGGUGCAAGCAGCUGCCUAGAUCGCCCAAAAACGGGAUGGUGAUAGCGCCCAAGACCGAUCACGGGAUGAAGGCUGUGUUUAAAUGCAAGGACGGGUUCGAGAUAAUCGGUGGUGGACCGUUGAACGCCUCGUUGUCGGUCGAGUGCCAAUACGGAAAUUGGAUCGGAGACAUUCCCCAUUGCAACCAAGUGUUCUGCCCUUUUCCCGGUUUCAUCGAGAACGGGAAGGUGUUCUUGAUGGGCAACAUGGGUGUCUACGAUUACAGGCCCUACGUAAGGAAGGUUGUGAACAAUAAGCAAAUUAUGUACGACUGCGACAAGGGCUACGUGUUGGACGACGGGCCCACUGGGGCAACUUGCAUCGGGGGCAGCUGGCAUCCCAAAGAGUUGCCCAAGUGCAUCCCUGGACAACAUCCCAGGCUCAGGUGGAGCAGGCGUAGGAGGUCUGUGAACGAGGAGGAUCUCACUAUGAAUUACAGAAAAUUUAUCGAGUUCUUCCGCAAGAUCGGGAAGAAGUUGCUGCAUCUGGAGAUGAACAAGGGCAAGGAGCAUUCGAAGCACAAACUCGAAUCGAAGAAUUCGAACUCGAGCCGUCACGACAACACCACGGAAGCCCCGUCGUGGAAAAAGCAUUCGGGCCACGGGAACAGGUCGCGUCUCCGCGAGGAGAAGAUGAUCGACUUCCUGAAGAUCGUUUACCGUAAACUGCAGCGAAUCGACGCAAGACAAUCCAACAAUUCCACGAACGGGAGCAUGCACGAUCUGCUGAACGCCAUGAGCAAGAACUUCUUCCACGUGGAUCUGUCCGAAUCUCGGCGAAACAAUUCCGGCAGAGGUCGUUCGGACUUCGAGAUACGAAAUCAACGGGAAUUCAUCAAACUGAAGAGGGAGUUCGAGAGAAUAAUGCGGUUCUACAACAAGUCGAUGCGUUGGAACGAGAAGCAGAAUCGAAAAGAUUCGAAAAAGAGGGGCCAGUCUCACGGGGAGAAGGGGAAGAAAUCGAAAGACAAGAAGAAACACCGUAAGAAUUAUUACAAAGGAUUCUACGAGUUUGUGAACAGUUACGUGACGGAGAAGUUGUCCAUGCUGGAAAAUCGAAACGCCACCGAGGAGUUGAUGAGAAACAUGAAGAUCGACAAGUUCACCGUACGAAACGGAACAACGUUCACAGUGGGCGAGAUGUACGCCUUCUUCAAACAUAUCAUAGAAGCCAAACUGAACAACACGGAGGAUGCGACGGAGGCAUCGACGACCGUGUCUUCCACGUCCGCGAGCGCAACCUCCACCGCCAUUCCCAGCGGUAGUAACAGCAGCAGCGGUAGCACAGCGGCGCCACCUAGCAGCGCGUGGACGACCAGCAGCACGAGCACGACGCCGGCGACGGUGGGCAAGGAGAUCGAAUCGCGGAAUAAUCGAUCUUCCACGAUGCCUCGUAACGAGUCCUCCUCGGUGCUGGACAACGAGAUUCCUGCCAAAGAAGGAAUGCCAAAGCACCGCAGCAAGCGAAUACGAAACGCAUCGGAGGACAGUGGUCCUCCCCGUCAGAAGAGGAGGCUGUUGUCCCUGAACGACGUGCUGAUGGCCAACAAGGGGAACACCGACGACCUUGUCGGCUCGUCGCCGAGGAGGAGCGGGAGGAAGAGGAUCUCGAAGAGGUCCAGUGCCUACGACGACGAGAAGACCAGGCUGUUCACGUUUAAAGAGUUGGAGGCCCAACAGCAGAGCCGCUCGAAACGAUUCCUGCCACCGUCUGAGCUCGAUAAUCAAAUUUUUUUAAAGAACUUAUAUCUCCACGCUUACGAGGACGAGUAUCGGGCGAACGUGAAACGCUCGAUCGUCCACGCGAAUCGUACGAGCGAGAAGCAAGAGCCGGCCGUCUACAGGAGGCGCAAGGGUAACUUGGACGCGUACGAGAUCAAGUGAGACGCGGUUUUCAUUAUUGUGUUGUGAUAAUAUUUGGCGGGAAAUUUACUGAGGUCAUUAAUAACGAUAUCAAUCGAUUUUUAGGCGAGUAUACA